UGGUGACGAGGGGAGGCCGUUGGCCCCUCACCUUCCUGUGCUGGGCCUGUACGCUCCAGUCCUGCUGUGUGGCUCAGCCUGCUGCCCAGAGAUGGUGUCAUUGGAGGAUGUGGCUGUGAACUUCCCCUGGCAGGAGUGGGAAGACCUGAAUGAUGCUCAGAGGACCCUGUACCGGGAUGUGAUGCUGGAGACCUGCAGUCACCUGGUGUCCCUCUGGCAUUGUGUUAUCGAUCCUGAGGAGAGCAUCAGGUUGGAGAAGGGAGUACAGCCGUGGACUGUGGAGGAAGCCCCAAGCCAGAACCUCUCAGUCAUCUCUUCUCAUGGCAUCCAAGUCCUCAUGCCAUAGUAGGGCACAGAAGAUUUGCUUCCAGAUAUGGAACUGGGAGGAGAUGGAAUCUGUGCCUUUGAGAAUUUACAAUUAGUGGAAGACCAGACAUGCCAA